AUGAACGCGGAUGAUGAAAUCUGUGUCAGGGGACUUAGUUUUUUUUGGUUAGGUGUUAGCAUAUUUGACACACCCUUAUCUGUCACCCGAUCGGCAAAACCUGACACAGAUUUCAGACGUGCGAUGAACACUGUGGGUGGUGUCAUCAGUGAAUGGUUGCGUGGUGAUGCUUGCACUCUAGGUGCUUCAUUGACAAAGAUGGUUUGGUCAGUAGGCGCAUUCUUAGAAUGGUCCGCCCCAUUGCCACCACUGGAUAGUUGUGUAGUGACGUAG